UGCAGGAACAGAAAGGCAUGGCCUGGGAAUUAACCCCACUUCUGCUGUUCGUGGCCUGGGUAACCACCAUGUGCAGUGCCCGGGAAAGGACAGACCUGCUCAAUGUCUGCAUGGAUGCCAAGCACCACAAGACAAAGCCAGGUCCUGAGGACAAGCUGCAUGACCAGUGCAUUCCUUGGAAAAAUAAUGCCUGCUGCACUGUGAACACUAGUCAGGAGCUACACAAGGACACCUCCCGUCUGUAUAACUUUAACUGGGACCACUGCGGCAAGAUGGAACCAGAGUGUAAGCGUCAUUUCAUCCAGGACACCUGUUUCUACGAGUGUUCCCCCAACCUGGGACCUUGGAUUCAGCAGGUGAACCAGAGCUGGCGCAAAGAGCGUUUCCUGAAUGUGCCCCUGUGCAAAGAGGACUGUCAGCGCUGGUGGGAAGACUGCCGCACCUCUUACACCUGCAAGACCAACUGGCACAAGGGCUGGGACUGGACUUCAGGAGUUAACAACUGUCCAUCCAAUACCACCUGCCAGACAUUUGAGUUCUACUUUCCCACACCUGCUGCCCUAUGUGAGGGCAUCUGGAGUCACUCCUACAAGGUCAGCAACUACAGUCGAGGGAGUGGCCGCUGCAUCCAGAUGUGGUUUGAACCAGUCCAGGGCAACCCUAACGAAGAGGUGGCAAGAUUCUAUGCUGAGGCCAUGAGCGGGGCUGAGUCCCAUUGGGUCCCAGCCUGUCCUCUCCUGCUCAGUCAGGUCCUCCUGCUCAACUGGCUGCUCAACUCUUCUUCUUCUACCUUCUGA